GUUUUCUGUGAGUUACAAUGUGACAUAAAUUUCACCUGUUUACUCAAAGUAACUAGAUACAAAUAAGUAUAUCAGGUAGUGUCUACAAAUGAAUACUGGCCAGAAAAGCAAAGAGAAUGUCCACUCAAGAAAAUUUUCAACAAACAGGCAACAGUAACGAAGAAAAUAACAGAGAGCAUCAUCACACACAAUCAGAAGGACAUGUUACCAAUGGAAAUCAAGUUAUAGAAGCCAUCACACCAACAGAGGGACAUGUUAUCAAUGAAACUGAACAAGGCAAUGAAGAUUUUCAUCAGGCUGCACCAGAGUUUCACAUGCCUGUAUAUUCUGAGAGGACCACUAUAACUAUCCAGCCUCGAAGAACAGAUGACGACCGUGUCCCAAUGCCAGUGUCUUCAGUCAAGAACCCACAGUUGAUUCAAUUAAAAUUCAUUUCUGUACUGGUAUUCAAACGAAGGGGCUGCUAUAAUAGUAACAAAGCAAACUGGCAAACUACCAGCUUCACACAUUUCAUACCAUUGUCAGGACUUGACUUCUUGACUGUAGCUGAUCAGCUGAUUAUACAGCAAACUGUUGAAUUACAAGACAUUUUGGCAACUGUUGAGUCUGAAAAUCGUUAUCUUGUAAAAGUACCACAUGGAGAAGUUCUUUACUAUGCUGCUGAAGCUUCAGGAACAUUACAACGCAUGUUCUGUGGUUCAUCAAGAGGCUUCUACAUGAAAUUAUUUGAUCAGACUCGCCAGCAAGCAAUUUUAUUAAAAAGGAAAUUGGCAUGUGCAAACUGCUGUUGUGGGUGUUACCUGCAGGAAAUGAAGCUGUUUACACCAGGAGGUGUACUACUAGGAUCAGUUGAACAGGAAUGGACACUGAUUAAUCCUUCAUUCAUUGUGCGAGAUUCUGAUGGGAAUAUUGAAUAUGUCAUAGAAGGUCCACAACAUUUCCCAUGCACUAACUAUGAUGGAACAACAUUCAGAGUUCUUAGCCGAGAUGGCCUGACCCAGCUUUCAACAAUUGUUCAUGAAUGGAACAAUUUGACUGGAGAUUUUAACAUAAUAGUGACAUUUCCAACAGAUAAUUUGCAUCCAAAGAUGAAAGCUGUCUUUUUGGGAGCUGGAUUUCUUUUGGAAUAUAUGUUCUUUGAAACAUCAAAGCGCACGAACAGGUGUCAGAAAUGGUGCCGGUAAAGAAGAUCAGUUUCUUAUCGCUGUUUCUAUAAGCAGCCAAAAGAAAUGAGGCAAAUUAAAGUUUUAUACUGGGUACUGAUUAUGGAUGUAGUAUGUCAUCUGCAGUGUUGUUCAAGAGAUCUGUCAUAAGAGAAUCUUUUGUACUUUGUGUAAACAUUGUGUACAUUGUGAAAAAAAACUACAUAUACAAAAUUUUAGAGUGCUUAGAGGAGACAAAAGCAGACACCUUUGUAUGUGGCAACAAUAUCACAGGUGCACCAUUUACUUAGUGAUCAUGCACAAUGGUACCGAUGCUAGUGAUUUUCAGACAUGGUACGCAAAUUACACAUGAUGAAUAUUGUGUUAAGGAUAUUGCUGAAAACAGCAUCCACUUACAUUAAUGCAUAUCUGGUAUCUCCAUGCUAAUGAUGGUCUAAAGCAAUAAAAAACAGGCAUUUCAUGAAUAAUGACUACAGCUUCAGUGAAGGGGAUGAUCAUUUCAUCUGGAGUGUCUACUGAAGUGCUGUACACUAUACACUUCGCCUCUCCCCACAUAAAAAAAUCAUAAGGAGCUCACCAACAUUUCUAAAAAAUAAUAUUCAUCACAUUUCAGUUUAAUACUAUCUCUGAACAUCACUGGUGUCAAAACCUUUACUGAUACCAAGCAGAGAAAUGGUACACCUGUGACAUGUGUGUUAUAUAAAGAAAGUGUUCUUUUUGUGGCCUCCAAAGAACCUAAAACUUGAUGUACAGAGAUUUUUUUACAUCUUAUAUAUCUGGAACAACUCAAAGAAACAGUUAUAAAAUUCUGAUUUACUACAUCACAUAUACAACCAAUAUAUUAAGAGUUUUGCUUGGUAUCUAAGCAGUGUAUGUACAAGUUUGUGUAAUACUCAGAUUUGUAGGUGAAGAUACUCUUAUUUUAUGUGAUUUAUAUGGUAUUUUAUAAGAAAUAUGUUUCUCUCCCAAUGAGUGAGGUGUCCAAAUAAAGUAUAUAUCAGUAAAAACUAAUUAUCAACAGUAAAAUAUAAUCUCAUGACACAGAUCAAUGUGAAUUAAACUCAGUAGCAAGUUGAGAAAAGCAUCAUUUAAGCAUAAAUUCUAACCAGUAAAUAAUUUUUUUAGCUGGUUUAAUGAUAAACAUAAUAUGAGGUUAUUUUAUCAUAAGGAUAUUAUUUAAAUUAGAUGACUUUGCUGUACCUGUCACUCUGUACAUUAAACAGUUAUAGCAUCAGCACCAUCAUCAGUACGCCAAAAAACGUAAAAUCUUAGCUUGUAUGGCAUACAGAAAAGAAAUAAGGAAGAUCAGAAUUUUCCAUCCUGUUUACAUUAAGGCCAUUACAAAUUUGGCACUAUCUCAGAUUAACAAGUGCCUGGAAUUUUACCUGAGCCACUUUGAUGGAUCUUUACCAGCAUGUAUGUAAGAAAAUGUAAAUCAGUAUAUUUAACUGGUUAUUUGAACACUGGCACCUGUCCAUCAUUUCCUCUUCAACUACUAUCACCACGACCACCCAGAGAAGAAAAAAAGAAACUAAAAAGUAGAGGCAGAAAAAUGGUCAUACAAUUGGUUUUGCUGGAGAGUAGGAUCAUGUUAUAAUGCCUGUUUAAAAAGGAAGACAAAUUUGUACUCUUUAAUAUUAGUGUUUUUUAGGAGCUAUAUUAUUUUAUUCACACACAAAACCACUGAAACCAUUGCUUUUGUAAAUGAACAGCAACUAAAACUUUAGCAAAAAUUUUGUCAUAGUGAGUGCACACAAUGAAAGGAUUUCACUUGUGUUCCAAUGGAUACAUCAUUUAUUGACACAAUGAAUUACACAUUUUCAUUUCUUACAGUAAUUGAGUGUGUGUUCUGCUGGUAUAUCAGACUACUUCUACAAGCAACAAUACAAAUAAAGAAUUAUGUGCAUCUAUUGCACAGUUUAGAUAUACUGCAAAACAAGAUGAGAAAAAGAUAGUCAAGAAGAGAGCAGAAAUGAUAUAUGUGUGCAGUACUGAUAAUCAACUGUAUUUGUAAAGCUAUACAUCAAAAAUUUCAUAGAUUUUCUUAGCUAAUGACUUACGUUUUGUCCCAAGAAACACUUCUUCUUAAAAUAUUUGUGUACUGUUGUCUGUUGUUGAUAUGAAUUAACACCAUAUGUAUUUCAUAUACUAGCCACUAAUGUAAACAAAGUCUGAGUUACUAAGACUGUAAUAUCAAAUCUUUGUGGUGAAAUAAAUUCUUCUU